AUGUCAAAGUCGAAUGCCGUUCAUUCUGCGCCAGCCUCUUCGUACACCAGCACCGAGGAUGAGCUUGAUAUCGACGACGAACCAGUGGACACAGGCUUGAUUCGUUGCAUUUGCAAUUCUUCAGAGGAUGACGGUUUUACUAUCCAAUGCGAGCGUUGUUUGGUAUGGCAGCAUGCCUUUUGUGUCAACAUAAGCCAACACAACAUUCCAGAACAUUAUCUUUGCGAGCGAUGUGAUAAGCGGUUUCGAUAUGUGAUUGCCAAUGAUAUGGAUCUUGUGGAGAAUGAGGAGCGUCCUACGUUGAGGUUACGGACACGACCUGAUGCAUCGACAAGGAGGCGAGGAGGUGGUGUGGGUGCAGCAACAACAACAACAACAACGACCACAGCGACAGCAGCAGCAGUAGACAAGAUAGGCGAUAAGCACCAUUUCCGUGAUAUUCAUAAUCGAAUGCAAAGUCCCACCCAUGAUGAUGAUGAAUACAAGCCUGGUUCAGCAAAACGGCCUUCUUCCCAUCAACGUAGUAAAAGCAAUGCGGGUCGUCCACCAUCCAAAAAGCCAAAGUUGUCAAAGAGGAUACCUGUAUCAAAAAAGUCAUGGAGAGAGAUGGAAGAGGAUCCAGCAAGACAACCUUCUUCGUCUUCAAGGCGUAAAACGGUCACCGGAGCAACCCCUCGUUUUCAGCUUAUCAACGCCAACACCAUUCGUAGCGUACACGUUGAACAAACCUUCAAGGAAGCAAAUGAACGGUGGAAGAGAAUGGAACAACAACAACGGGUACCGAUUCAUUUUGUUGUCAUGAAAGAGACCGAUCUUCAUAUUUCGAUCCCGAAAGCGACUGUGCGACCAUUGUCAAAGUCAUUUUACGCAUUGAACGACACUUCUGAGCCUCUCACAGGCAUGUUUGCCGAUGUUCAUAUUCCUGCCAAUCGACUUGUUGCUGAGAUCAAUGGUGACAUCCUUCUCAAGUCUGAAUACAAGUUCAACCAUGAAAACGAUUUUACGAUCCUUGGAACUCCAUGUGUCCACGUAUUUUUUUAUCCUACGAUUGAUCUUUGUAUCGAUGCUCGUCACCGUGGCAACCAAUCUCGGAGUAUUCGUCGAUCAUGUCAUCCCAACGCCGAAUUACGCAGUAUCAUUACAACCAAUGAGGAUGAUAUCCAGGUGCGAUUGGGUAUCUUUUCACGAGCGGAUAUUGACAAGGGAGAAGAGAUCACGAUUGGCUGGAAUUGGCAACGAGGACACAUUAGUUGGAAAAAGAACGUCGAGUGGCACAGCAUGAUGAGUACGGGUGGUGUUGCAAACCAAGUGAUGGAUGAACAAGAAGAACGCAGUAAUCGUAUGGCCGUAGCAAGGAUGUUGGCUCUCUUUGAUACCGAAUUUGUGGAUUGUGCAUGCCGUGAUCGAGAAAUUUGCUUCAUUGAACAUCUCCGGAGAAAUAGCAAUAUGCUUGACAAAGAUUGGCGGCCAAAGACACGUCCAUCGGUUCGUUCGCCUUUAUCAAAUGGUGUGGAUACCAGUUCUACAGUGACGACCCAUACCAACACUUCCCCACAACGGCAACCUGGCAAGCGAUCUCAUGCCCAAUUGAACUUGGAGGAUCGUGAUGUAGAUGCUGGUCAGAAACUACCUUCACGUCAAAGUGUUGUCUCCAAUGCCAACGCCAAAUUAGACUCCAACGACAAGUCAUUCUCAGAUGCUGGAGACGACUCUGUGAUUGACAUCCUUUCCACAUCACCAACAGCUGGUAGUCCUGUUAUCAUGCCGACAACUACCACAUCACGCGUAGUGACGGAUACGGAAGAAGAAUUGGAUGUGGAUGGGGACAUCGAUGUUGGUGAUGAAGAAUACGCACAAAAUGCUGCUUCAAGUCCUUCCAAUGCACCUACAUCCAACAGUCAGCCAAAAGCCAAGUUGCCUUGCAAAAAGAAAUGGAUGCGUAGCUUUAUUCGACAAACCAACAACAAUAGCAAUGAUAAUAAUAACGACAGCAAUCAAAUCAAAGAAGCACCUGAAAAGGAUAUGGAUGUAGAGAACAAGGACGUGGUGGUGGAAGAUUCUACAAAGGAUGAUGUGAUGAAAACAAAGGUGGAAGAAUCCAACUCUACUCAGCUGACUACAAUCCCAAGCAAGGAAGAGUCAGCUGAGGAACCACAGCAACCUAUGGACGAUGAUUUGGAUGAUGGAGAAUUGAGUGACGCUAGCACCGCAUCCACUAUACCCUUGGAAGAAGAUCAUGAUUAUCGUACGAACAUGGAGGUAGACGACGACGACGACGAAGACCAUCAAGCUACAACAACAUCCUCCAUUGCCAACAAUGCAUCAGCGUCAGCAGCAACAGCUAUUGCAGUGACUUCAAAAAGUAAAGAGGAGGAUACGGAGAUGACAACAACCAUGACCAACAAGGUUGAAGAGGAGGAGCAACAAGAACAAACCACUGAAUCCAAUGACAAGCAGCCAGCUGAAGCGGAGGAGAAUGAGAAGGAUGAGGAGGAGGAGGAACCAGAGAUACAAAAGCCAUCAUCAGAAGCGGGCGACAGCCAAAAUUCAGAUGACAAAAGCAAGCCAACCAAGAUCAAAUUAUCCCUUCAAGAGUAUCUAUCAAGGCGUGCAGCUAAUCAAGAUGGACCCUCCAAUGAAUCGCAUACUUCCAAUUCUGAUAUGAGUAAGGAGGAGGUCAAGCUAUGCAAUUCUACGGCCACUACUACUACUACAGCUAUCACCUCCACCUCCACCGAUAUAUCGAACAUGGAAAAGGAGCAACCAGAAGCCAUUGUUAAUCAGCAUUGA